AUGAGUAACAACGGUUUAGUAACAAUAAAGCACAAGGGCGAAAACUUGUAUCCGAAAGUGAUGACUAUCCGUGGAAAAAACGAUCAUGUCAACUUACCGGAAAAUAAGGAGCUGGUUAUUUACGAAUUAUGCACCGCUGAUUUUACAGAUGAAGGCACAUUGAAUACCAUUGUCAACACAGGCAAGUUGGAUUAUCUAAGUCAAGAAUUAGGAAUCAAUGUAAUUGAGCUCAUGCCGAUCCAAAAAUUCAAUUAUGAAUAUGACGGCGAGCAAUUGAAGAUGAAACCAAGUUGUGAAAUGAUUUGGAUGGGAACGGAACUGGGUGAUGCAAGAGAUGUGACAAGUGAUCAACAUCAAAAAGAAUUGAAAACGAAUUGGCAUGUAUUAGAUGCUCCUGAAUCACCUUACCGUACUCUGCUUAACAUUUUCAAAAAAGCGAUUAAACUGCGACGUCGACUGGCAGCAUUACGGAGUGAUAGUUUAGACUUUUUCUAUGAAAACUAUGGUGACCGAGUUCUGGCGUACAGUCGGCGAUCGAACGAGAACGAUUUAAUAAUUAUUAUUGCUCACUUUUCCGCGAAUAAUAGAGAUGGAUACACGUUAAAGAAUAUUCCUGCUAAGGAAAGUACACAGUUCACCAAUGGAAUGAACGAAAGCGAAAUUCUCCAUGUUGGAGAUGGAACAAAUGAACUUCAAGUGAACUUGAAACCGUUUGAAGCGAAAGUAUUAAUACAAAAACAAUAA